UCACCAAACAACAGUUUCCUUCGAAACGCGAAUAGGUGCGCAUCUUCGCAUCCAAUACACCGGUGAGACCCGCCGACGCGCCGAGGAAAAAGUCGAAAAAGCCGAAAAACCCGAUACCCAGUCUUGGCCAAGUCAUCGGCCAGCCGCCCGUCACCAUUGAGAUCCCGCUGACAGGUUGUGGAACCCGUUUUUCAGAUCGGAUCGGUUUCUUGGUUGGAUAGGCGACCGUCGCUAAAAAAAUAUAAAAUAAAAGUGCGUGCAAUAAUUAAAAUUAAAUCUAAAAAUACUUAAAGACAAAUAUUUAAAAGCCUUAAAAAAGAGAUAAAUUAUUAAAAGAGAAACCAAAGGAGAAAUUAACAAAAGACAUGCUUUAAAAUAUUACCUAAAAAAAAGAAAACAUGGAUUAGACUGAAAAAGAGAUCCUAAGAGAGAUCCUGAGUGUUCUUGUCCUCAAAAAUCGAAGAAAGAUCAGUGGGAUGUCAGUGAAGAUUUGUUCAUCAGCCGGAAAUCUGUUUGCGACAAACACUUGAGGCCAAUUGGGUUGUUGUUUGCGGUGUUUGUUCACAAGCCGGCCCGCCAAAGAGUCACAGCCUCACACUCAGAGUCAGAGUCAAUAAAAAAAUCAAGUAAAAAAACGGAUAAAAAACAGGGAGAGCAAAAAAAAAAUAAAGGAAUAUAAAAGUAAAGUCACACAAAACAAACAAAACAUUUUCCGGCUCCGGCGACAUUAACAGAACUGCUCGACAUCGACAAUUUGUUUUAUCAAUUUUCAACAAGGCUAGCAUCAGCACCAACAACAACAACAACAGUAACAACAACUACAACAACAAUAGCGAAACACCCAACAAGCCAACAAACAACAAAAGCGCCCAGAGUGCUUAGCCGUCGAGCACGCACGCCAAAUCCACCCAGUCCACCCACUCUCAUCCAGUCCCCGCGACAACCUCCCCUCGUUGAACCCACCCCCGUGAUACCCCUUUUGGAGGCCAGCAUCCUGGCAGCAUCCUGGCAGUGCCACCCACAACAGCCAAACAGUGAAACAGCGGACGCCCCACAGUGAACUCUGCCUUCGGCCGCUUUUUAUUUCCACGAGCCAGCAGCACAAAGGCGAGACAAUGGCUGCAUAUGCGCAGUUUGGAUACGCUGGCUACCCGACGGCAAACCAGCUGACUACCGCCAACACGGACAGCCAGAGCGGACAUGGCGGAGGCUCGCCCCUGUCCGGCACCAACGAGGCCUCCCUCAGUCCCUCGGGCGGCUCGACGGCCACCGGCCUGACCGCCGGUCCCUUGAGUCCAGGUGCUGUCUCGCAGUCCUCGCACCAUGCGGGUCACAAAGGUCACAUCUCCACCACGCCGACUGAGGACGCUGUGGGCGCGAGCGGAGGCGGGGGCGACCUGCCAGGUGGCGGAGGACCUACCGCCCAGGAGCUGCCCGGCCGCGGAGGAUCCUGCUGUGAGAACGGACGACCUAUUAUCACGGAUCCGGUGUCGGGACAGACCGUCUGCUCCUGCCAGUACGAUCCCACCCGCCUGGCCAUUGGCGGCUACUCGCGGAUGGCCCUGCCCUCCGCCGGCGUUGGCGUCUAUGGAGGACCCUACCCGUCGAACGACCAGAAUCCCUAUCCCAGCAUCGGGGUGGACAACUCGGCGUUCUACGCUCCACUGAGCAAUCCCUACGGCAUUAAGGACUCGAGUCCCAGCACUGAGAUGAGCGCCUGGACGUCGGCGAGUCUGCAAUCGACCACUGGUUACUACUCCUAUGAUCCUACACUGGCGGCCUAUGGGUAUGGACCCAACUAUGAUCUCGCCGCCAGGCGGAAAAACGCCACUCGGGAGUCUACGGCCACAUUGAAGGCCUGGCUGAGCGAGCACAAGAAGAAUCCCUACCCGACCAAGGGCGAGAAGAUAAUGCUGGCCAUCAUCACCAAGAUGACCCUCACCCAGGUGUCCACCUGGUUUGCGAAUGCCCGACGUCGCCUGAAAAAGGAGAACAAGAUGACCUGGGAGCCAAAGAAUAAGACCGAGGACGACGACGACGGCCUGAUGUCCGACGACGAGAAGGAAAAGGACUCCGCAGAUGCAAGUGGCAAAUUGUCCUCUGAAGCUUUCGAUCCUGGCAAUCAACUUAUCAAAACGGAGCUGGGCAAGGCGGAAAAGGACAUUGCGGAUGGUGACCAGAAACUGGAUCACGACAGGGAGCCGCACAACCUGGUGGCCAUGCGAGGUCUGGCACCGUAUGCCACGCCUCCCGGUGGCCAUCCCAGCAUGCACGGGGCCUACGGGUCGUAUGCGCAAUCUCAGAACACGCAUACGCACCCACAGCCGCAUCCGCAGCAGCUGCACCACCAGCAACAGCAGCAGCAGCCGCAGCACCACCAUGCCAUGCAGGACCCACCCUACUACCAUCCCGGCUACGGGCAGGAGGAGUCCGGGGGAGACUUUACGGUCCAAAAAAACCCGCUGAGCAGAGACUGUGGCAUCCCAGUUCCGGCGAGCAAGCCCAAGAUCUGGAGCGUGGCCGACACAGCCGCCUGCAAGACGCCUCCGCCCUCCGCGGCAUAUCUCGGCCAGAACUUCUACCCCCCAUCGGUGGAGCAGCAUCAUCUCACCCAGCAGCAGCAGCAACAGCAACAGCAGCACCAGCUGCAGUUGCAACAGCAUCCAUCGCAGCAGCAGCAGCAUCAGCAGCCGCACCACUCCCACCACCACCUGCAUACGAUGGAGCUCAGUUCGCCGCUGAGUAUGAUGAGCAGCUACGCCGGCGGAUCGCCAUAUUCGCGGAUACCUACGGCGUACACCGAGGCCAUGGGCAUGCACCUGCCUGGGGGCAUGAGCAGCUCCUCCGGCUCCGGCAAAGUGCCCACCCCUAUCAGCAUUCAUCCGGCGGCCCAGCGGGUGGGGUUUCCCGAGAUCCAGCCCGAUACCCCGCCCCAAACGCCGCCCACUAUGAAGCAGCAGCUGAACAGCAGCAGCGGGAGCAACAGCAGCAGCAGCAGCAACCACAGUUCCUCGGUGGCUUCCAUGGUCAACAUUUUGUACAGUAACGAGGGUGGUGUUGGUGGCAGCUACGGUGGUUAUUUGGCCGAAAGUCGUUCUGGUUCAUAAUUCAGUUAGGACUUGGGACCUAGGACAUGAUGACCUUGAACCACAUAGUAGAGAGACAGAUAGCAGAGACAGAUACUAGAUACAGAUACCAGAUACCAAAUACAAAAGCGAAACUACUUACACAUUUUGAUGGCGGGACAAGUGCAAGUUGGCGGGCAUGGCCGCGACUACGAUUACGAUUACGAUAGCGAUAACUACACUAAUUAUUUUGCAAUAAAUGUAGCUUAAGUACGGCAAUAAAACUUUAUUUCCUACCAUAUCAUAAAUUAUUUCGCUUUAUAACUUUAAUUAGCAUAUUUACACUCUACCGCUGGAAUUUUCAGCACACGUCCCUCCCAGGGGGCGGUGUGUCGGCCAGUGGGUGGGAGAGGGCGGUUCUCGAGACGCACACACUGUGUUUGUCGUGCUGGUGUCUGGUUGGGUUGAGGCACCACGACGUCUCCGGGUUUAAUGACUCGAAAUAAACGCACACGGCACAUCCAAACCCAUUCAUCUUGCCGUGCGAGAGAUACUCUUGGUGGCAUACCACCAAUAAUAAUGCCAACAGUCGUACUACUACUCCACAGAGCCACCAACCUAUAAAUCACCCGAACUUUUGUCUUAGCCUCGUACUCAAAACAAUAACACUUCCUACCUUAAGUGCUUUAUCCACACAACUUAAUAAUUUUAAAUAGAAGAUCCGCUCCGACUGCGGCUCCAUCUCCGGCAUAGAAGUUAAGAAACUUUCAAGUUGUAUUAGUGCUAAUAUCCUGCAAUUAGACAAACGGAGCGUUAGUUUCCCAAAUCCCAGAGUAGAAAGUAAUUAAGCCUUCGACUCCAUAUAUAUACUUGACUAUAUGUACGUAUAAUCGGCCAAAUAAUUAAUCCGUGCAAACAUAAAUAGUUACUUUAGUUUAGACUCUAAACAACAUGUAAUUACGUAUUUUAGCCACUCGUUUUGAUAAAUUUGUAGAGAAAUUUAAGUAUCUGUGAUAUAUGCAUAUAAACACCCACAUACACACAUCUAUACGUACUAAAUAUAUAAAUAUUUACAAGCAAUUAUCAGUGGCAUUUUGGUUAGUUCACACAUAUUUCUUCAAACACAGAAUGCUAAAACUCACACCCACUGGUUCUGCGACUGGUUCAAGACACUUUUAAUGGCGUACACUUUGUAAUUGUAAAUAGUACUUAUUUAUGUAAAUUUGAGAAAUUUAUUAAUAAAUAAAGUUGAUUAAUAUCAUUGAGA